AUGUUGGCAAUUGGAGACGUUAUCUUAAGAGCAUUCAACUUUGUAUUCUUGGCCAUUGCUUUGGGUUUGACUGGUUCCCUUGCGGCUACCACCAUUACACAACACAACCCACAAGUCAACUUUGCUGUGUUUGCAGCUGCAUUUGGUCUCUUGACCUCAUCAUUCUAUGGUAUCUUUGCAUUUUUCAUUGAUGCCUUUGCUUGGCCAGUCAUUUUGUUCAUUUUUGACUUUUUGAACUUUGUUUUCACAUUUGCUGCUGCCACCGCAAUUGCUGCUGGUAUCAGAGCACACUCUUGUGGAAACCAAGACUACCUCGACAACAACAAUAUCAACCAAGGCUCAACCGGUAGAUGUAGAAAGGCCCAAGCCUCAACUGCAUUUUUGUACUUUUCAGCAUUUAUCUUUAUCUUUUCAGGUGUCUUUAGUGCUGUCGGAUUGUUUAGAGGUGGCUUGUUUGGUUCCUCAAGAAGAACCUCUGCUCCAAGAACUGGUGUUCCAUCAAUGUCCCAAGCUUAG